GAGAUUCUUCUACUUGCACGUGGGAACUGAGACAGCAUCGACCAAAUUGCAUUUGUUUAUACGUUUUCUCCCCUUUCGGGUCUGAGGCAGUUUUCCUCUCGCCGAGUUAGGGCAUCCGAGUUGACUCAGCAAUUCCACCGGCCACAGCCAGAGAUGCCAUACCCAAGAGAAAGAAGGUCCGCUUCGCCACACAACUCUCCUUCACCCGUCAGAGGCCGCCGGUUGAGAUCAUCGUCGAGGUCUAGGAGAAGUCGUUCUAGGAGCCAUGAAUCUGUCGAUGCAUCCAAUCCUGGAAACAACUUGUACAUAACAGGCUUAUCCACAAGGGUUACCUCUACUGAUCUUGAGAAAUUUUUUAAUAAACAGGGGAAGGUACUGGACUGCCAUCUGGUUACAGACCCUCGCACCAGAGAAUCCCGUGGAUUUGGCUUUGUCACAAUGGAAACUGUUGAGGAUGCAGAACGCUGCAUCAAAUAUUUGGAUCGGUCUGUGCUUGAAGGUCGAUUAGUUACAGUGGAAAAGGCAAAAAGGAAACGAGGGAGGACUCCAACUCCAGGAAGGUAUCAAGGUUUGAGAGAUAAACGAGACGAGAUGCAGGACGUGAUCGUGAUCGUGAUUGUGACCGUAGACGAUCUCGAAGCUAUUCACCUCGUAGGUUGCAAGACAGAGAUCCUUAUCCCAGGGACCGCCGAGGAAGAUCACGCUCUCCAUAUGGUAGGAGGGCGGAUGAACACUCGGACUCAUACAGGAGGCGCAGGGAACGCUCCUUGUCAGGGGGCAGAAACCCUAGAUAGAGAAAAUCCAAAUGCGGUUCUGAUCGUCCCCUGGCAUUUAUUUGUUUUACACUUUGGUGUGGGGUUUUGGGAUCUUUAUUUUUAUUCUGACCAAGUAUUUCUCCAAUGUUGUUGUACUUGUGUAUUGUAUUUCUAUUCUUAAUCAACUUGUAUGCAUCUUCCAUUUUAUUCCCAAAUCCUUUCAAUUUGAAAUAACAUGUGUUUUCAAGU